AUGGACAUUGAAAAAAAGAGAGAGUGGGUUUUAUGCCCAUCUAAGAGCUUCCCGGGAUAUUUCUAUUAUUUUAAUGUCCUCAAUGGUGCAACCUUUUGGCGUUUCAAUGAUUUACAGUUUCAGAAAAAGAACUUGGAUAAGGAUAUUCCCAAAGUGGACACCACACACAACUAUCCAGAACCCAGUAAUCCACCAAAGAAUGAUGUUCAAUGUCUAAGUAGCAACAUCAAUGUUGAUAGUACAAAUGAAUGUUUUCCAACCUCAUGUAGGGAUAACACAGCGCCAAGUAAUAUUUCAAAUGUCAACUCCUGGACAAAUAGAAAAGAUGCCCAAACGAAUAAAAUUUCCAAUAAAGAACUACCCACAUUCGGAAAUACUAAUCUUUAUAGCUCAAUUCCUAAGCCUAUUGCUACCCCGAACUGGGUGUUUGGAGAAGUAUCGUCGAUCGGAUGUAGAUAUGAUAAUUCUUGCAAUUUGACAGAUCCUUUUGCUAAUCUUUACAUAGACAGAGGCUCAGUAGACAAUUUCAAAUCCUAUAAAAAAAGAAAUUUGCAAAAGAAUGUUAGCCCUAGUAAAAAAAAUAAACAUACAAAUUAUUUCCUACCUUGUGAUUUACAGAGCACAAAACCUAAUAUAGAUCAAAGAUCUCUGCAAAUUAAUGCAAGUGGAACAAACUCCUUAGUGCUGGAAAAUGAUAAAAAUAUAUGCAUUAAAAUAAUGAUACAGGGUUCAACACAUAAGGCCGAUACUACUCAAACUCAGACGUCUAUGACAAAUGUUUUCAGAAAUGCCAAUGAACACACUAACAUUUUCAACGAUACAAAGUACCAAAAUUCUAUUUUUUCCACUCCCAAGGAUAUUCUCCCAUGUCCUAGAUCAAAUCCAAUCCCAUCAUCUAAUUCCUCAUUAGAGUCUAAAAUAUUAAAUUCAGUACCGAGUACCUUUAAACCCAGCUUUCAAUCUGCAUUUAAAACAAAUACUUAUAGCAAUAAAUGGGAUCCUAGAACCUUAAACAAAUGGGGCUUUACUCAUGGACCUCGCUGUACCAAUGCCAAAAUACAUAAAGCUUACAGCUCAAAGAACAAUACCGACAAUUUUGAAACGGUAUCUAUGGAUAUUGAGAACUCUACAAUUGACAAUAAUAUCCAGGGCGAAAAUGUAAUCUUACAGAAAACUAAAGAAGUGCCACCAAAAGGCUAUGCAACAACAGAUACAUAUGACAUUCUACCCCGAUAUAAUGAGCAUAGGGCUAUUUUUAAUCCACUCAAUAGAAAUGUAGAAAAAACUAGACAAAAUUGUCAAACUGUAGAUAAAGGCAAAUUAGAAAAAUGUGAAAAUUUUUAUAGACAGAAGCAUUCAGACACUUCUGAAAGGAGAACACAGAACAACAAAAGUAUUCACGCAGUCAAUAGUGGUCAAACAAUUAGAACCUUUAAUGUUAAUCAACAUUUUGAAAAUGGACCAACACAAGAAGGUGGCAUAAAAGGACAUAAUAUAUUGACAGAUUUAGAAAAUGGGUUUCCUAAACCAUCAAGUGUUUUUAAUGAUAAUAUUGACAUUGCACCUAAAGAGGGUAACAAUAAUGCAGAAAAAGAAAACAAUAAAAGAUGUGGACAAUUUGUAUGUAAUGCAUAUAAUGAAAUUAUUGUUAUCGAAGAUAAAAGUGUGAAAUAUAAAGAUUUAGAGAAAAGUGAUUUAAGAUUUGUUCUGGAAGCAAAAAAGCUGAAUGAAAAAGGUCAAUCAAAAACACCAAUUGAAAACAAAAUAAAGAAACGUGUUACAUUUUGUUUGGACCAAGAAUCUGACUCCGAAUAUGAUGAGAGGGAAAUACAUUUUAAAUCUGGCAACAACCUAUAUUUGAAUAAGUAUAAGCUAAUCGAAAUAAAAUUUAAAAAUGACAGAAUAUUCAAAUCAGUUGAUUAUAAACCUAAUGGGGAUGGAAAUAAGGACCAAUUAUACAAAAGCUCAGACAGUUCUCAAAGAAGCGAAAUUGACAUAUUGAAUGAAUGUAGACUGAAAAAAACUGAACCAAUCAAAAAAAGUGUUCCGAAUUUAAAUGCUCAAAAUUUGAAUUCAGAACGUGGACAGAUAACGCAAGCUAAUGAAGACUAUACGAUAGACAAUUUUUUAAAAACAUUUGAUAUCAAUAACCCUGAAAUCGAGGAAAGAGUUAAAUUGCGCUUCGAUGAAUGGGUGUGCUGUUUUGUACAGAUAAUGCAAGACUUCUUUGAAGAGGUUUUACAGCACGAAUCUGCAGCAACAAAUCCACCAGGGCCAUGGUCCUUUGACGAAAUACUGUCUUGUAUUGACGACAUUUUUAAGGGAAAUGUAAGCAUAUUCGUGGACAAAAUUCUCGAGUACUACCGAACCAUAAUAUUCCGAUAUCAUGCAGCCCGGAACAAUGUUAAUCCCAACUGUGUUACGAAAAUGAUCGGUUCUGGACUACUAUUUCUCGAACAAUUCAAGAUAAUUUCACCUAACUAUAAUACCGAGGCGAGUACAAAACUAUCGGAACUAUUACACUGUAUAUAUCAUCCAGAAUCUGAAAGUGAAUUUGAGAGUUUGGACAUCCCCACACAAACUCAGGACUAUGGAGAUAGUCCAACAAGACCCAAAAUGCAUAGGAAGCGUGAAGACAUUUUGGAUUAUCUAAAGAAUCACUUCGAAACUUGGCGAGAUUGCACUAUCCAAGAUAUCGAGGAUAACAACACCAAUGUUAUCAGAACUUUUGGCCGAUGCCUAAACAGUUUGAUAAUUGACAAGAACAACAACAUGUCAUUUCAGAACGGUUGCGUUCAGAAUGAACGACGUCAAUUGUCAAGUGACAGUGAUAGCUCGAGUGACAGCAGCACGUCAGAUUCGUCGGACAGCAGUUCAAGCAGUUCGAGUGAUGGAAAGGAGAUCAACGAGAAGGAUUUGCCGAACGUCUAUGGCUAUAUUCAGUACUUUUUGAGUUAUAUAUAUCGAGUUUUGAAUGCAUUUUAUAUGUUCGUUUCAGAAUCAACGCACCGCGUUCGCCAGAACUCAGAAGACGAACUCUUGCGCAGCGAGGUCGAUGAAAAACUACAAUAUAUUAACUAUUUUAUAGACAACUUGAAGAUGAUAAUAGAUCGUGAAUCGAAAGGACCGGACUUAAAGGCAUUGUUGGCAAAAUAUGAGGCGGCGUUGAAGGAUCCCCAAAUUGUAAAUUACAAAAGUUUAGUAGGAGAAUGCAUGGAGCAAGCAGAGUUAUUCAAGAAGGUGUUGAAAAUAAUCUCGAAAAUUCUAAACGACUCCGACUCGAGUGUUAGUACGUUUCGGGAAAUCAAGAAGUUUUAG